AUGUCCCAACUUCUCCUCUUCCUAACCAUUCUUUCUUAUCUCGGCCUUUCACGAGCCGAAACUCGUCCACAUGGCAUUGAAUUCGAGAGCCCGAUAGCCUUCUCACCUGAUGCAUACGCAUUCUUCCACCCGGCCGCCCUUUCCCCGGGCCCAGCCGCAGCCCAAUCCAAGAGGCUGCCCCUGGCCGCCACAGUCCAGUCCACCCCGGCCCAAGAGAGCACGGCCCAAAGCAGCAGGCAUGGGCUGGGCCCGGCUGGGGUUGUUGGGCUUUCUCUGAGCCUGACUUUCGUGUGUUUGGUGGGCAUGGGAGUCUACUAUGUGCUGACCAGACGCCGGGCCCACUUGCACCAAGCCAUCAAUGAUCCCAAGCAACCGGCCAAUGUUUGA